AUGAUCAUCUUAUGGAUUACAUUGUUUUUUCUUCACCAAGGAUAUUCUCUGGUUCCAGUUAAAACUGUUCAGCUUGGUGAACCAGCAACCUUAACAUGUGCUAUUCCCAAAGAGCUCAGCAUUAGAGGAGUCAACUGGUACAAGCAGAGUGUCGGGGAUACUCUUAAAUUAAUAGUUACACUGUAUAAAUCUACAGCUGAUUUUGGUCCUGGAUUUUCGAGCUUAAGAUUUGGAGUAUACGAUGGUAAGAAUUUUACCAGCUUGACCAUUUUAAAGACAGUUCAAGAGGAUGAGGGACUCUAUCACUGUGCAAACACAGAAUGGAUUGGAACUACAUGGAGUGGGAUGUAUUUGUUAGUAAAAGGAAACACUCAGAGGACAUCAAACUAUGCAGUCAGUCAGUUGCUGAUAGAAUCGAAUCCAGUCCAUCCAGGAGACACAAUGACUCUUCAGUGUUCAGUCUUCUCUGACUCUGAGAACAAGACAUGUCCAGGAGGUCUCAAUAUUCUCUGGUUCAGAACUGGAUUAAAUAAUAUUUAUCCAAACACCAUCUACACUGACACAAAUAGCUAUAAUGAAUGUGAGAAAAAAUCUGACUCACAGGAGAGGUGUCUUUAUCACUUCUCUAAGAAUGUCAGCUCCUCUGAUGCUGGGACUUACUACUGUGCUGUGGCCACAUGUGGGGAGAUAUUAUUUGGAAAUGGAAUUACACUGGAUACUCGAGCACUGAAGAUCUCCUCUAUAGGAUUCAAAAAUGGGGAAUAUGCUGGGAGGAGCUGCAUCAUCAAACAAGGUUAUAGUGCAAACCACUCUAUGACAAGUGGGGAUAUGGAAUCGGACAACCUCAUUGGAGAUGGCAGCACACAUGGUUAUGUUGGCACCCCUCUGUCCUGGAACUGUGAAAGUAGCCCUGUACCCAAUGAGGUCCCUUCCAUGUUUCCUCACUUUGCAGAGACUGAACAUAAAUGA